AUGGGGCCGGCGAUGGCGUGGGAGGAGCGGCGGACGCUGGUGCUGGUGAACCUGGCGUCCAUCAUGGAGCGCGCCGACGAGGCGCUGCUACCAGCGGUGUACCGCGAGGUCGGCGCUGCCCUGCACGCCACGCCGACGGGCCUCGGCACACUCACCCUCUACCGCUCCAUCGUGCAGGCGGCGUGCUACCCGCUGGCCGCCUACGCCGCGUCGCGCCACAACCGCGCCCACGUCAUCGCCGUCGGGGCAUUCCUCUGGGCCGCCGCCACAUUCCUCGUUGCCAUCUCCGAAACCUUCCUCCAGGUAGCGAUCUCGAGGGGCCUGAACGGCAUCGGCCUAGCCCUGGUGAUACCGGCGGUCCAGUCGCUGGUCGCCGACUCCACCGACGACGAGCACCGCGGCACGGCCUUCGGGUGGCUGCAGCUGACCAGCAGCAUCGGGUCCAUCAUCGGGGGCUUCUCCGCCGUGCUCCUGGCGCCGACUACCAUCUUCGGGAUCGCCGGCUGGCGCUUCGCGUUCCACCUCGUGGCGGCCAUCAGCGUCGUGGUCGGCGUCCUCGUGUGGUUCUUCGCCGUCGACCCCAACUUCCCGACGGGCAAAGAAGCGUCAGCGCUCGGCGAGAAACGGUCGGCGUGGGAGGAGGCCAGGGAGCUGCUGAGGGAGGCCAGGGCCGUGAUCCAGAUCCCGACGUUCCAGAUCUUCGUGGCGCAGGGCGUGAGCGGCUCGUUCCCGUGGUCGGCGCUGUCGUUCCUGUCCAUGUGGCUGGAGCUCGUCGGGUUCAGCCACGGGGCCACGGCCGUGUUCAUCACGGUGUUCUCCGUGGCAACGUCCAUUGGUGGCCUUCUCGGCGGCAUGAUGGGCGACGCCCUCGCCCGCCGGUACCCGAACGCCGGCAGGAUCGUGCUGUCGCAGAUCAGCGCCGGCUCGGGCGUGCCUCUCGCGGCCAUCCUGCUCCUCGGCCUCCCGAACGACCCGUCCAGCGGCGUCGCGCACGCGCUCGUCCUCUUCGUGAUGGGACUCAUCAUCUCCUGGAACGGCGCUGCUACAAACAGCCCGAUCUUCGCGGAGAUCGUGCCGGUGAAGUCGAGGACUAGCAUCUACGCGCUGGACAACGCGUUUGAGUCCAUCCUGGCAUCGUUCGCGCCGCCGAUCGUGGGCUUCAUGUCGCAGCACCUGUACGGGUUCAAGCUGGGGAGCGGCGGCGCGGCCGGGAAGAACGGCAGCAGCAGCCCCGAGAGAGACCGGGCGAACGCGGCGUCGCUGGCCAAGGCGCUGUACACGGCCAUCGCGAUACCAUUCACGAUCUGCGCCGCCAUAUACUCAUUCCUGUACUGCAGCUACCCCCGGGACAGGGACCGCGCCCGGAUGCAGUCGCUGGCGGAGGCGGAGCUGCAGCAGAUGGAGCUACAGGGGGGGUCCGGGUUCCGGAGCGGCGACGGAGACGAGCGGUUCGAGCUCUUCGAAUCGGAGACGGACGACGGCGGAAGGACUGACUCCGCGGCUGAUGCCGCCGGCACGUCGAGGCUACUGUCGGACCCGGGGUCGUGA